UGGAGAGCGGAGAGGCGGUGUGUGUGUGUGUGUGUGUGUGUGUGUGAGCGGGACAAGGAGCAGAGCGGAGAGGCGGUGUGUGUAAGAGUGUGUGUGAGGAGUGUGUGUAAGCGAGACACGGAGCAGAGCGGAAGGAAAACACAGGAAUCGGAUGGUUAUUUGCGCUCGGGGACGGAACGCAACUCGCUCCAGACCGUGGUGUUCUGUGAAGAAGUGGUACAAAGAGGAAGACGCAGACAAAGUGCAGGUCUCAGUGGUGUAGGGUGUAGUGGGGGGGCUGAGAGGCAAGCGCAUGAGGAAGGGGUAUCUGAAUACCCCUGUCCCCACACACAGCGCUUGCACACAAUCAUACGCUUGCACACGCAACGUAAUUAAACAGAGACACGUCCACCAGCAGCCAUGAGGUCCAUUCGCUCCUUCGGAAACGACGACCGCCACGUCAUGGCCAAACACUCCAGCAUCUACCCGUCCUCCGAGACACUGGAAGCCGUACAGAGCCUCGUCUCUACCGUCGAGCGCGCUCUCAAACACGUCUCCGAUUGGAUGGACCAGUCGCAGGCCGAGCAACCGAACCAGUCCAGUGGGCCGGAGGAGGAGACUGAGGCCAGCGCUGACGAAUCAGCAGAGGAAAGCACCAAUGAGGGCAGUAGCAGCAGCAGUACCGGGGGUGAUGGCAGGGUGCUGUGUGGGGUGAUGCGGAUCGGCCUGGUAGCUAAAGGGCUGAUCAUUAAAGAUGACAUGGACCUGGAGCUGGUACUCAUGUGCCGAGAGAAACCCACACACACACUGCUGAGUACUGUCUGUGAUAAUCUCCCACUGCAGAUAGAGUUAACAGAGGAGAAGUACGAGGUGAAGAGCAGCAUCCCCGAGGCGGCCAUUUUGAUUUGCUGUACAGCAGAACCCAAACUCACCCUGAAGGUCACACUUACCUCUCCACAGAUCAGAGAGGAUGGCGAGUCAGAGGAGCAAGAGAGCGCUGUUGAGGCGAGCGAGCCGUCGGACCUGCUGGAUAGACAGAGGUGCCUGGUGGCGCUGGCCUCUCUGCGACAUGCUAAAUGGUUCCAGGCCAGAGUAAACGGCUUAAAAUCAGGAGUGAUCGUUUUACGGAUUCUGAGGGACAUGUGCAACCGAGUGCCGGCCUGGGAACCGCUCAGAGGAUGGCCGUUGGAGCUGCUGUGUGAGAAGGCCAUUGCGACGUGUAACCGGCCCCUGGGAGCCGGAGAGGCUUUGCGCAGGGUCAUGGAGUGUCUCGCCUCGGGGAUCCUGCUCCCAGGUGGACCAGGGCUGCAUGACCCAUGCGAAAAGGAGCCGACUGACACGCUGGCGGCCAUGACGGACGAGCAGGCGGAGGCCAUCACGUACAAUGCACAGCACGCCCUUCGGCUGAUGGCUUUUGGUCAGAUCUACAAGGUAUUAGAGAUGGAUCCACUUCCCUCCAACAAACCCUCAUCAAAAUACCCCUGGUCAGAUAAAGAAGGUUCAGGGUUAAAGAGGCCCUACGAGGACGGCCUGAUGGACGACAAAGACCUCAUUAAGAAAAUGAAACGCAACCUGCGAAGAGUUUUAGACAGUAAAGCAAUAGACUCCAACCAGCCCAUGAACGCGCUCAUGCGGUUGAAUCAGAUCCGUCCGGGUCUGCAGUACAAGCUCCUCUCUCAGUCUGGUCCGGUUCAUGCUCCCGUCUUCACGAUGUCCGUGGACGUGGACGGAACCAUCUACGAAGCCUCUGGCUCUUCUAAGAAAACGGCAAAGCUGCACGUAGCUGUUAAGGUGCUGCAGGCGAUGGGAUACCCAACAGGCUUUGACACAGACCUGGACUCCAUGAGUGCAGAUGAGAAGUCAGACAGCGAGGGCAAGAGUGAGACAUCGACACACUCGAGCAAUAACACAUCACACUCCACAGACAGCACACUGGAGGUGCGAACUCAGGGUCCUAUUCUGACAGCUAGCGGUAAGAACCCAGUGAUGGAGCUGAACGAGAAAAGGCGAGGCCUCAAAUACGAGCUGAUCUCGGAGAGUGGAGGCAGCCACGACAAACGCUUCGUCAUGGAGGUGGAGGUCGAUGGACAGAAGUUCCGAGGUGCAGGACCUAAUAAAAAAGUAGCCAAAGCCAGCGCCGCCCUCGCCGCUCUGGAGAAACUGUUCUCGGGACCCAACGCUGCCGGCAAUAAAAAGAAAAAAAUCCUCCCUCAGAAUAAGGGAGCGAUUGCUGCCGCCGCCGCCGCCGCCUCUGCUGUAGCAGCUCAAGCCGCUCGAGGAAGAGGGAGAGCUGCACUUGCACGAGGAGCCUUCAUCAGUGCCACUGCACCAGGCUACGUCACACCAGGGUUCGGAAGCCCGUACGGAUACAGUGCUGCAGCCGCCGCUCCUGCAUACGGUGGUCUUUUCAUUGACAAUCCCUUUUACCAGCCGCGGACCAUCGCACCUUUUAUUAUUCACUUGGGUCCUCAAGAUCUCUUCUCUGACUUCUAGAACCAUCAGGUUGUGUGGCUCUAAAGUGUUGUGUAUCGCUCCAGGCUUGCCCAGGCUCUCUCUCUCUCUCUCUCUCUCUCUCUCUCUCUCUCUCUCUCUCUCUCUCUACCUCUAUCUCUAUCUCUAUCUCUGUCUCUCUUAACGCACACUUCCCUAGAAACACUGCACACACUCCUUCCCCCCCCAAACACAAGCAGCUCGUAACGAAAGCAAUACCCGAUUUGUUUGGAUCUCGGCUCACCGUCGAGGACUUUUGGCAAUACACACAAAAUAUAAUUUAUUGAUCUAUUUAAUCUUUUUUUUUUUCUAACGGCUUGAAGCUUUUCCUGAAAUGAUGUGAAUGUUCAGUCGCUGCAAUAUAUUCAUUUUUACUGUAUAUUCACAAGCGAAUAUAUACGUGACUUCUAGAUUAUAAAUACAUGCAUAUAUAUAUGUAUGGUAUAAAUUCUACUAUAAAUAUAUAUGUGUAGAUACGCCCAUGUACGUAUGUAUAUUUCUAUAUUAUAUAUACACUAUAAAUAUGGUUGGUAUAAAUUAUUUUAGAAAGUGAGAUGUAACUAUUAUAACCUUCUAGCGUAUAGAUAAUAGCUUCUCUUCCAGUUUUAUAUCGACAGCGCAGUCACGUCAUCAAUAUUAACGUGCAAUACGAGCGAUCUUUUAAUCUAUAUGCUUCCUCCUCCUUGCGUCUCGAGCUUGUGUGUGUGUGUGUGUGUGUGUGUGUGUGUGUGUGUGUGUGUGUGUGUGUGUGUGUGUGUGUGUGUGUGAACAAACUUGGUUCGACCAAAGCCUGGUGUUUUGGUUCUUCACGUCCUAUUCUACGCAUAGCAAUACAGCACGCUCUCAGCAUCGCACUCAGACGCAGGUUUUUCAGAAAGCACACGCUCGGGGUUUUUAUAUAAAAAACACACAAAGCACAAUAAAACAAACGAGUUGGUGAUUUACUCUGAACCGCAAACCUCAUCCUACGUUUUUAUACCAUGUUUACUAAUAAUUCAUUCACACGACAGCUGUAGAGUCGAGUGCAAAAGUUUGUGCACCCUAGGGACAAAGUGCGCCAUCUAGCGUGUGGGCGGUUUAUAGACGAUGAUGUAAUGAUGGUUGUCUCCUGUAUGCAGACGUUUAUGGAUUUUUCAUUUUAAACACCACAGGAAUUUAUUCAGAGGUUAUUAAAAAUGCCCAUUGGAGCAUCGAACGAGUUCUGCAGAUCAGGUCUUUGCCUCUGCCUUUUGCUUAAUUUGGGUAACUAAUCAAUCAAUUUAAUUAUUGAACAUAUCAGCAAUUAUAUUUCACUUUACACCCCAAAUCCUCCACUCAACUUCACUCCACUCAACUUCACUCCACUCAACUCCACAUUGACGCUGGUAGAACCAUUUACAUUCCCAGUGAAACUCAAACAACAUGUGAACCACAUCUACAGCAACGUUCAUGGUUUUUCUCAUUUCUUUUUCUCGUGUCAGGAUGGAAAUCACUCCACUAAAAUCACUCCACUAAAAUCACUCCACUAAAAUCACUCCACUAAAACUAAAACUUAACAUUUGAUAUUAGGAAUCACAUGGGUGGGCGUCGGUGCAAACUUUUGCCUUCGACUGGUCGAAACACACAUCAUAUAAUUCACCAAUAAAACAAUCACCUCCAGUAAAGUUCCUUAAAAGACCAGAUCAAGAAGUUUCCCUUUAAUAACCAGAAUAAUCACAAUAAUGAUUAGAAUGUUCAUAACAAUAAAAAAUAUGUAAAUAUUAUUCAUUGGGUAAAAUCUAUUUAAUAUUCUCGCUGUCUAUAAACACCAUCGUGUACAUGUACGGAGUAGACUGUAGAGUUUAAAUGCAUAUAUAUAUACAUUAUAUAUAAAUAUAUAUAUAGAGAGAGAAAGAGGAAGGGGGAGGGGGAGAGAGGAAAAAAUGAGUUAUUUGUAUGUUUAUUAGAAAUCUAUUCACUGGAAUGUUGAGCUAAAAAAACACAGAACUCGGGUUCAGGCUGGAUGGAAGUCUGUAGGACACGACGCAUCAGAGGCUGAUCACACUGUCCACAUCCAUUUCCAACCAGAAGAAUGUCUUUAUUUUUGUUCUUUUUGAGGUAAAGAUGGCGUGUGGAUGAGUGUGAGUUCAGUGUGAAAUCAGGAGAGAGAGAGAGAGAGAGAGAGAGAGAGAUGAUCGUCACAAACAUCUCCCUUUCUUACUGCUGUAUAAGGGGGAUCUGUAGGUCACUGUGACCUUGUCAGUAACACCAUUACCUUCUUCUAUUCAUUCCUUGCGUUUGUCUUACCAUUCAUUUAUUCUUCUCUUUUCCAUUCCUUCCUUCAUUCCCUUUUCUCUUUCUUCCGCCUCCCAUUUAUUUUCCUAUCGUUCUUUCUUUCUUUCUGUAUUCUUCAUUACUCAUUUUUUCUUGAAUCUGGGAAAUAUUUUUUUUGUACAUUUUUAUCUUGAGCACUUUCAAUUUUGUUUUCUUUCCUUCAGCAAUCCACCUUUCUGUUCUUGCCUCUUCCCCCUCCAUCAUCACUCUUUCAUUGUUUUCUUCAUCCCCCAAAAUAUUGUAUUUUUCCCUCUUCACCUCUCAGAUCACCUUCUUUUUCUUUCCUUCCUUCUGUUCACAGAGUUCUAGAUUUAUGUCCUUUCCUUCCUACACAUUCAUUCUUUUCUUCCUUUAUCCCCCACUCUGAUCCUACUAACUUUCUCUUUAUAGUCACAUCCUCCUUUUUAUUUUCUCCUCCUCACCUCUUCCUCCUUCUCUCUCAGUCUGAGUAAAUCAGAGAGUUCAGAUGUUCAGCAGCAGGUAGCAGUGAGGGAGUGUGUGAAGUUCUCACAGUGGGGAUUUGAGUUCCUCUCACACCUGACAAACUGAAGCUCUGCAACUUUGACUUCAGGUUAGUUAGAGAUGAAACCACACCUCCUCCUCAGCAUCGUCUGUUCAGCUUCUGACCCUGCUGUAGACCACGCUGUAGACCACGCAGUAAUCAGCCUCAAGGGAUGGUGUCCUUAGAAGAGUUUUUUAAUCACCUUCACUCAGUUUGAUAUUAAAAAUACAAACCAUCAAUGAGGAUGUGUGUGUGUGUGUGUGUGUGUGUGUGUGUGUGUGUGUGUGUGUGUGUGUGUGUGUGUGAUGUAAACUGUGAGCCUGAAGAAAGAAAUUGAGCAGCCUCCGGUUUGUGUGUGAACGAGUCACAGGGAUCACAGAACAGAUCAUUUGAAGUCCCGAUUCGAUCGUUUAUUUCCCCCUUUAGACUGAGGAAUGUACAGUAGAAUGUAUUAAUAUAGAAGUUUAAGUGCUUUUUUUCCCCCUCGUUUGUGUUUCUACCUGUUUGUGGGCGGAGUCAGAUUCAUGGCGUGUUCCACGAUCGCUCUGCUGUAGAUAUCGGCUCAGACUUCGCUCGGGUUCUAAACAAACGACUCCCUUCCAUUUUUUUUAUGUAACUUAAAAAGAUUUCCAAACAUUUACACACUUAUUUACACGUGAAAAUAAAAACACGUGGCGUGGCAGUAGUGCACACGUGCUUGAGUAGCGUGGAAAAAGAGUAAAGACGUCGGCGCUCGAUGUUCGCUAGCUGUGGUUAUUGAUUAGUGAGAAACACCCUGGUGGUCUGUGUGUCACUGUAUUUACUAUAAAAAUGCUGAAACCAUGAAAACUAUCACAUGUAAAAUCUUUUUUAAAGCAAAUAAAUACGUCCUGAUGAUAAACCA